UGGUGAUAUUUGCAGUGUGCUGGGAGUGAAAACCUUAUCAAAAUGAGGCAUAAGAUAAAUUGAUUCUACUGCUUUAAUAUGUACAUUUAUACAUUCUGUUGCCUUUCCUAUUCUGUAGAAUUCUAUGUAUUUCCAUAGCAAUGCCUCGCAAAAACUCUGCGUCAUUCAGUAGCGUGGAUUAUGAAAAAUCGAAAUCCUCCAAGCAGACUCCAGAGAUUGAAUUCAUACUCGAGUCUCCGAGAUCUCACCAUGGAAUCGUCAAACAUUUACCCCCUAAUGGGCGUCGACAUAGCUCUGCCACGCCCUCUUUCUCAUGCAAAGAGAGACUAUCGUCAUGGCAACGUUUUGAUGAUUCCGAUGAAGCAGCCAUCGAGGAUUCUGGGAAUUAUUCCAUGGAUGAGCGAUCACCAAUAGAAUUGCUUGUGAACGAUGUCAAGUGUGACUUCACAAUAGGAGAAGACAAUGAAGAUGAUGAAAAUCAUUUUGAUGUCAUAAGCUGGUGUUCUGAUGAAUCUGUUUUCUCCGAUUCAAACUCUGAGGUGGUUGUUUCGGAGAAAACUAGCCACCAGCUGUCGCCGUUGAGUCGGCCCAAAUUGCGGAGUGGGAGUUUGGGGGUGUUGGAGGUGUCGUCUAUCAAAUCAAAUCCAUUUCUACUUCAGGAUCAGAAAUUGAAUGGUUCCGAGAAUGUAGGAAAAGAUAAAAUUUUAAAACGUAUCAACAAAAAUGGAAUACUUAACGAAUCAUUGUCUGAUGAUUGUGAUGUUAACAAUGGGAUAUUAUUUCGAAACAAUGGUCUUAAAUCUCCAAAGGUUGUAAUUCAACCAAUAGAAUCAGAAGACGAACAUUUUGAAUUUGACGGGAACAAUAACCGACCAAAGGAUUCUAUUUCUUUAUCGUCCGAACUUUUAACUUGGUAUAACGAUAUUCCCCCCUCUGGAAAAUCAGCGUCUCUUCCGAGGAAACUCCCCCCACCUCCUGCUUCACCACGUUCCAGACAUAGACUCCCCACAUCACCCUCUGCAAAUCCAGUAUCGGCGUCUUACACUCAGAAGAUCUCCCCACUGUUCUUCGAUAACUCAUUUGUGACGAAUAAAGGCCAAUCUCCUGGGCUUCACACUGUCAAAGGUCAUCGUCACGGUAACAGCAAUAAACAAUCAUCGCUAUAUCGUAACUAUAGUGACAUUGUUAACAGAGACGAAUUAUUACCUAACAAUUCUAUUCGUCGUAACCGUAGCAACGUUUCUGUACGUUCAUCACCAAACAGUCCGAACAAAAGUGCAACUUUACCCCCGUCACAUCGUUUGUCCCCAAAUCGAACUCAUUCCUUACAAUAUAGUGCAAGUGACUGUUCCAGUCGUAGCCAACCUUCUUCACCUGGGAGUCACGUACGACGUACAUCCUCCUUGCUGUCGAGUCCUUCGUUUUCACGGAAAAAAGCGAGCUCCUAUAAAAACCUCGGUGGUACUUCCUCAUUAAACCAACCAGGAUCAAAGUUUGAAGUUCAGAGUUCACGUAAAAGUAAUAAAGGUUCACGCAAACGUACAGAGUGGAGACCGGUGGAAGAAAUGACAAAUUACGAGGGGUAUUACCCUGACGAAAGUUCCGAUGGGGAGGUAUCCGAGCCUUCUAGCGGAACAAACGAGCAUCACCAUAAAAGUUUCGACUCCGUUGUUUUUCAUGUUUUGAAAGUUUCGCCGGAAGAUUUUGCCAGUCAGUUGACUUUGCUUGACCUGGCCGCAUUCAGAGAAAUCCAGCCUCAAGAAUUAACAGGUUGCGGCUGGAUAAAGAAGGACAAACAUGAAAUUGCUCCGAACGUCGUGCAGAUGACGCAACGUUUCAAUAAUACAAGUUUUUAUGUCGUACAUGAGGUACUUCAUGCCCAAACGUUAAAAAUACGAGCCGAAGUCGUCACACAUUUUAUUCGAAUUGCGAAGAAAUUAAACGAUUUGAACAAUUUACACAGUCUGAUGGCUGUAGUGAUGUCUCUGAGUUCUGCACCGAUACAUCGACUCACAAAGACAUGGGGGAUUGUGAACAAGCACUACAGAGCAACAUUUGAUCGGCUAAGGAUUUUGAUGUCGGAGGAAAAUAAUCGAAUGAAUUUACGGAAGCAUAUAGAAGGGAUUAAGCUACCCUGCAUUCCGUAUUUAGGUUUAUAUCUUGGGGAUUUAAUAUUCGUUGACUCCGCCCAUCCCGAUACUGGCGGACUCGAACCGCAUGAGCGAACAAAUAAGAUGAAUAAUAUUCUGCGAAUUUUAGCGGAAUUUCAGCAAUCUCAAUAUGAUAACUUAAGAGAAAUUCCCCACAUCAAAAAUUUCCUUCAAUCCGUGAAAUAUAUUGAGGAAUUGCAACGAUUCGUCGAAGACGACAAUUACAAGCGAUCUCUAAAAAUCGAGCCAAAGCAAUCAAAUACGCCGCACAAAGGAUUAAAUGCAUCGCGGGAGGAGUUAGCGUUACCGACAGACCACACCCUCCCUCGUAGAUCAAUGACCCCCCCAACCCAACAACUGUUCAAACCGGGACAUCGGAAAUCACAUAGCCUUGGACGGGACAUCAGGCCACGUACAGAUCCAGCUAAACUACAUAAAAGACGUUCUUUUGCAAGACUGAAAUCACGAGACUUUGGCGCAUCAAACGGAGCCUCGCCAUUGCAACCACCUCAACUCCACAGAGUACAAUCAUCUCCCGACCAAAGUGGGAGUCUACCAAGAAGUGCUCAGCAAGUCGGGCCAACACAUUUGCCUGUUGUCAUGACAACCUCUCUCCUAGAUGACAGCAUCAUAUCACCGGGGGCGCAAACGGGUCUCCCUAGCAACAGCGGAUCUAUCGGGAGCAGCCGUUCAAAUUCGGGGUCAGAAUUUAGUGACGAUACAUCAUGGAAUGGCAUCAGUGCUUCAGAGAGUCGGAUGGAUCUGGGACGUAUUUUAUUCGAAGGAUGUCUGAGAAGGAAAACAGUUCUUAAGAAAGGAAAGAAGCCACCUAUGCCUUCAUGGACAAAGUUCUGGGUUUGCCUCCACAAGUCGCAACUUCUGUUUCAUUCAGCUAAAGGCAUAAGGGCGAAUGAGAGACAUCAUUUCAAGCAACAUCCGUGCAAAAUGAUUGUUAUACACGAGUGGAUGGUGCUUUGCUCAGAUGACCCUUCCAAACUUGAUGCUUUCCAGCUUUCAAACCCAAACCAGGGAGAUAUAUACAGGUUCCAAUGUGAUUCCAAAGAAGUCGCCAUGGUUUGGACUCGGAGGUUGCAGGAAGCAAUUAAAGGAAAUGUACAGCCGGAAAAAGAUCUCAUAAAUUUGCACGACACAUGAACAACAAGAAUGAAGCACACUGCCACUGUCAGAAUAAAUAUUUUUAUAUUUAAUAUUGGUCUUCCUAUCUAGUUUUGUUUGUUUUUUAUAUUUUAACGAGUUUUGGUAAUUAGUGAAAAGACCGAAAAGAUAUUAUGACCAAGGUCUCGGACAU